AUGUUUUACACUCGUAUCGCGCUCGCUGGCGCCACCGGCAAUCUCGGCGGCCCCAUCCUCAAAGUCCUCCUUGACGCUGGUUUCCGCGUCACGGCUCUCACUCGGAAUGGAGGAAACUUGUCUAGACUGCCUGUCCACUCAAGCCUUGAGAUCAUGGAAGUCGACAUCAACUCUGUCGAAUCUCUUUUACCUGCCUUAGCCGGCAUUGACGUCGUCAUAUCAUGUCUGGCCACGCUUGCCAUCGGGGGCCAGAAACCACUGAUCGAUGCGGCGGUCUCUGCCGGAGUCAAGGUUUUCAUUCCAGCCGAGUUUGGUAUGGAUUCCACCAACUCCCUCUGCGCGCAGUUGCCCGUCUGUGCUCCAAAGGUUGCCGUCCAGGACUACCUCCUGAAGAUGUCACGGGAAAACCCAGCGUUCACUUUCACGGCCAUUGCGAAUGGACUUUUCCUCGAUUGGGGUCUUCAGAACGGCCUCAUCGUUGAUCUUAAAGAUCAUAAAGCGAUCCUGUACAACGGCGGCGAUGUGCCUUUCAGCGCGACGACGCUCGCUGAUGUCGCGAUGGCCGUACUCGGCGUCAUUCGGAACCGGUCUCAGACUGCGAACCGCGUUGUGUUUAUUCAUUCUGCCUUGGUUACUCAAAACCAGCUCAUUGGAUACGCAAAGAAUGUCGACGGGAUAGACUGGAGCACGUCUGUCAAAGACACAGAAGAACUCCGCCGAGAGUGUCUCGCAGAGCUUGCCAAAGGGUCAGAUGCAGAUGUCGAUGCUGCAAUGCUGGGAUUCUGUUUUUGCGGGUCGCUGACUCUUGAUUAUGGCUGUGAUUUCUCUAGCAAGCUGGACAACAAUUUGUUGGGUGUAAAGGGAAUGAGCGACGAUGAGUUGCACUCGAUGGUGGUCGACUACCUAGAGAAGCUGUAA